UGCCCGAAUCUAAAACCCAUCUCCCUGAAACUGGAGGGAGCAUCACAAGCCAUCGUCCGACCAGAAUCCUGCAGCCAUGUCGCUCACCAUCCCCACCAAUCUCUCCAAGCCCAUCGCCGCCCCGAAGCUCAGCCCCUCCAAGUCAGUCAGGCCGGCCGCCACCCUCAUAAGAUGCUCCUCCUCCUCCCCUGAGCAGGGCUCCGCCUCCACCUCGGCGGCGUCGCCUCUCCAGGCCUUCUCCGCCGCGCUCGCCCUCUCCUCCAUCCUCCUCUCGGCGCCGCAGCCCGCGGCCGCCGACAUCGCGGGGCUGACCCCGUGCAAGGAGUCGAAGCAGUUCGCGAAGCGGGAGAAGCAGCAGCUCAAGAAGCUGGAGUCGUCGCUGAAGCUGUACGCCCCCGACAGCGCCCCGGCCCUGGCCCUCAAGGCCACCAUGGAGAAGACGAAGCGGCGGUUCGACAACUACGGCAAGCAGGGGCUGCUGUGCGGCACCGACGGGCUCCCCCACCUGAUCGUGAGCGGGGACCAGCGGCACUGGGGCGAGUUCAUCACCCCGGGCAUCCUCUUCCUCUACAUCGCCGGGUGGAUCGGGUGGGUCGGCCGGAGCUACCUCAUCGCCAUCCGCGACGAGAAGAAGCCCACCCAGAAGGAGAUCAUCAUCGACGUCCCCCUCGCCUCCCGCCUCGUCUUCCGUGGCUUCAGCUGGCCCAUCGCCGCUUACAGAGAGCUCGUCAACGGCGAGCUCAUCGCCAAGGACGUCUAAUUUAAGCCCCCUCGACACAAGGCGGGCGGCCUCGGAGGACGAGAAGCUUGGUGGAAGUGGGAAGCAUGGAUUCUCCCGGUAUCUGUCUUUCUUGUAUGAAUGAAUGCAGAGCGGAACAUGGGUUUGAAUGUAUUCUGCUUUGUUCGUUGGAUGGCACAUUGGUCCCCUCUAUCUUCUGUACUUCUGUUUCUUUCGUUUACGCUCCUUCUUCUUCCUUUUUCUUCCUUUUUUUUAGGGUUUCUUUUGUAAAUUUUGAUGGUGGAUGACAAUAUGACUUAUUUCCAUUGAUGGAUGGAGCAUUUUGGUUAAA